AAAUAAAUAUAUAUAUAUAUAUAUUUAAUAAACUUCUAGCCAGCGGACGAAACACAUUUACCGAGUAAGUUUGGCCCUCCUAAACUUUCAGACCGCGAAACACCCGCGCGUUUUUCGGGUAACCACAAAUUAGAUUUGGAUGCUCCUCCGAUGGUUUCCUCUCUGCAAAUAUCUUUCAGAAACAAUUAUUCAAAGCAGUUCCUUUCGUUUGCGCAAUGCACAGUGCCAGUGAUCAGUGCCUGUUGUGUGUACGUUAAUUUCCCUCUGACUAUAUAGUUUUGGGUAUUUGUCAAUUACGUGCUCCUGUGUAGCAUGUCCAAACACUAAUGAAAUGCUUUGAACAAUCGUCAAACUGCAAACGCGAUUUGCUACCGAGUGCGAUUGAAUUGUGUUGCUUCUACAUCUCUCGGUCUUGCAAAUUUCAGAUAUUUUUAGAUCCUUUUUUUACAGUUGCCUUGGUUUAUAAACAUUUAUAACAUUUUGGUUAAGUUUGGGUGUUACAAAGGAAUCACAAAGUAAGGAUAAUACCGAAUGUUAUGAUUUUUAUCUUUUACAAUCUAGCUAGUAGAAAUAGAUUGUUAUUUCGUUACAUUUUGUCGUUUGAGGUUUUGUUUUUAUUUACGUGUAAUUUAAGUGGUAAGUGUGUAACACACUUUUAUAUCAUAUAUACAUAUAUAUUGGGAUAUGCAUAAUCGUUGGAUAAAGAUAUGCUUGAAAAGAAGAUUAAUAGUUGGUAAAACAAACAUGAAUUGAAUGUUGAUAGAUGUAAUUAAUUUUGCUUUAACCUAUGAAUAAAAUAUCGAGAUGUUAAUUUGAAGCAAAUACUUCCCUUUGAUAUUGAUGCACACGUACAAUGUCAAGAGCAUUAACGCGUUGAACUAUUUUAGAACCGUGUUUGUAGAUUCAAAGUGUAUUGUAACAAAAGUGUAUUAUAAAAAAUUGGCUACAUUUGAUAUUAUGUAAUAUUUUGUCGCAUUAUAAAGUACACAAACAUCGUAUACGGUAUAUAUUGAAGCAUUGAAGCAUCGAAGCAUUGAAGCAUUGUGCAAACAUAAAGCGUCAAAUAUUUACCAGACAAGUUUCAGAAAGUAAUGAGUUUUUUUAUGAGACGUUUAAGAGACGUUAAUAUGUCUUACCUAAUUUAUAUUUAUAUUUCUACGUUUAGAUUGUUAGAUUAGAUGUAGAUAACAUAAACGCUAAACGCAGUGCUAAAUGUGCUGACCAGAGGUGCUGACAGAUUUAUUUUACUCUUAGAUAUGAGACGCAAGAGCGAAAGAAAUAAAGCAAAAGCAGCAAGUCCGGAGAAGGAGGUUGAACGAGUAACGCGAAAGUCAACUCGAAGAUGCGUAAAGCAAGUGACGUCAACAUCCCCGGAGCAAGAGAACGUGGAGGAAACAGCAAAGAGCUUGAGCAAUAAAGUGACGGAGAAAAAGUCAGCAGCUUACGUACAGAGAAGGGAACAAGUGGAAGAGCAACAGAGUGAGAAGGUGUUACCUAGCGAAGCGGAUGUGAAGACCAAGUUGACGCGAGAAGAGGAAGAAGACAAUAAUAGUGGAUCAGUUUGGAAAGUGUCAAGAGCCGACGCGUCGCCUGGCGAGAUACAGAAAUUAAAAUUAUCUAGACAGCAUCAUAACACGUCAGAAAGAUUAUCUGAUACUUCUUUAAAUAGGAAAAAAUCGAACAAGUGGCAGGAAAGUGGUGAGGGAGUUGCAGAGGAGGUUGACUCGGCAGACAUGCAACUGGUUUCUUGUACGAGAAUAGCCAGUAGCGCUGAACAGCCGAACGAUCCCUCCUCUUCAUACCCAGGCCAGGACUCCAAUGAAGAGGUAAGUGAUAGCAAGGAGAUCCUGCCUGAAACCACUUCAGCCAACUUGUCUGACGAUAAACCAAACAUAGAUCAGCAAGGUGAAUCAAAUGAGGCAAAUUUCUCCAACGAAAACGCUGAUAGUGCACCCGUUAAGUCGAGCGACACGACAACCAUGUCGUCCAUGGCUCCUAGUUCGAAUGGUAAUCGCUCGUCCGAGGAGACAAACCAAAUUAUACCAAAGGAAGAGAAAUCCGCGGAAGACGACACUAACAAAGUGGAAAAGACAGUGGAAAUAUUUCAUUCCACCACCACCACCACCACAACCAAUAAAGAAACUAGCUCCGAGUGUGUUGAAAACACUCGGAAAGAUUCGAGCAGCGAGGACGAAGAGGAAAAGGGGAAAGCUCGCGAGCUAAAUCAGCUAAAUCGUCCGAGUUCGUCGUCCGAAUCGAAUGACGAGAUUCACGCCAAGAGCAACAGAGCAGCUAGUGGCAGGAUACAAAGUGCCAGUCGCAGAAAACAUCGGACAAAGUAUCGAGAUUCGUCGAAUUCCGACACGGCAGAUUCCGAGGAUGAACCUUCUAUUAAGAGAGAACUUGAAAUCGAUGUCUACAUGCAAGAAGAGAAAGCAAAUGUCGAGGAUCCCCACAAACAGAUCACAAUAGAUCAUCGUUCCGAGUCACCGAAAGCGAGAAACAAUUUCUUAUCGAACAACAUGGAGAUGGAUGUGGAGCAUUUACUCGGCGAACCGAGUAAACAAAAGUUAGAUAAUAAUAGUCUAACCGAGAAGUCGGAAUAUCCUGUAUCGACAACGACUCAAUUGGUGACUUACAAACCUGUGAAAGUAAAUUUGAAAAGAUCAUUGAAAAUCACGAUAGCACCGAACAAGAUUCAAAAUGCGCUCCUAGAAAACGUCGAUGGGGCACUGCAUUGUCCACUGAUACUGCACCUUCGUUUUCAAUUUCUACGGAUUCGCUGAAAGCAUUGGUGCCCGGAGCAAGGCCGUUAUCGAUAAACGAGGUUCGUCUUUCGAAAGACGACGAUGAAGAUAGAGAUCGUUAUCGAGUUAACGAAAAGUGGCACAAUUCUACCGAAGGAGUGAAUGAUAACAAAUCAGGUGACGAGAAUAUCAUGCAAAAAAAUGGUGCAACAAAGAAGGGAGACCCAAAAAUAGAUAAUCACAUAGCAAGGCGUAAAAUAUCGAUUGUUAAGGAAGUGCCACAUGUAAAAUCUCCGAGCCCACCUGCUACGAAGCCUACAAAUAUCCUUUUGAUUAAGAACUUGGUUCGUCCUUUUACUUUGAAUCAAAUUAAAGAACUUUUGUCGCGUACUGGCACAAUCGUCGAAAAUGGAUUUUGGAUGGAUAGAAUCAAGUCCAAAUGUUUUGUAGAGUAUGCCAACGAGGAUCAGGCAUUUGAAACGAGACAAGCUUUACAUGGUAUAUCUUGGCCGGUUUCAAACCCGAAAAGGCUCCAUGUUGAAUAUGCGACCAAAGACGAUAUGGAAUUGGCACGUGAAUUGUCGAAAGACCAGUCCGUCCCGAGAAAAACGGAACCUCUUAUACCGUCUGAUUCGUGGCAGCAGGAUUGGAACCGCGAAGAGAGGACAAGUACAAAGGUGAUGGUAGUUCGGGAAUGGGAUCUUGGUAAAGAAGACGGUCAACAGCAUAUAAAGGAAAAGGAACGUGAAAAGAAAGAACAUGAGAAAAAAAGGCGGCAGAGGAGCCGGAGUCCAGCAGUGGAAGCACACCUUCCAGCUCCAGCUCGUAAAUUUAAAAAAAAAGAGGACGAACCACCGCCAGCGAAGCUCUUAGACGAUCUUUUUAGAAAGACAAAGGCAACACCAUGCAUAUAUUGGUUACCACUCACGAAUGAACAGAUAGUCGUAAAAGAAGAAAUGAGAAGGCAACAUAUGGCAGAACACGCGCGCAGACUAGAAGAGAUGAGACGCGCUGAGAGAAAUAACAGGGACGGUCGUCGUCGUCGUAGCCCGAGGAAAUAGUUCUUUGAUCGGCCACUUUCGAUAAACGUACCUUUUCCUCUUUGAUGCAAAAAUUUCAUUUUCGAUUAGUUACAUUUUUACAAAUGAUGAUUUACGGAUCACGGAAAGACGAAUCUUUUCAUUUUACAUUAGAGACGGACUUGCCGAAAAAGCUCCUUCGAUUUUGCUUUCUCAAUUGUUUCGCGAUUUGCUAUUUUACGAUUAACGGUUUAACAACAAUAUAGCGUUAGAGUUUGCGUUUAUUAUUCUUCUACUGUCUUUUUUCUUUUCUUGCUCUUUCUUUUCAUUUUA